CGAAUAAAUUAAAGUUGGGUCAGUUUUGACCUAUCCAUGGGAUUCAGAAUAAGGAACCCUAAUCACCACAGAAAAUACAGUAUAUCCCUCAAGUGUGAACUAUGGAGGCGACAAGGUCCGAUUCUCCAAUCCUUCCCCAAGAGCUCAUCGGCGAGGUACUCUGUCGAUUACCAGUCAAGUCUAUUUGCCGAUUCAAAUCUGUAUCUCAUUCAUGGUACUCCCUAAUCUCCGAUCCCCAUUUCGCCCAAACCCACUUCACUCAAACCACCAACAAAAUGCCCAAUCGACUCAUUCUCAUCUCCGACUUUCACACUCUCUUCUCCGUCGACUACUCUGCCCAAAUUCCAGUCGCAACAAAGCUUAAUUUCCUCCCAUCAGUUGAAGCUGAAUCGUACGACGUGUGGUCCGAGAUUCUGGGUUCUUGCAAUGGCUUGGUUUUAGCUCUCAAUGAAUUUGAUGUCGACAAGUAUUUGCUAAAUCCAUCGACUGGAGAAUCCAAGAAAAUAUCCGAAUCCCCUUUUGCCCUCGAUUCAGUCAAUGCGUAUAAUCGGUGUGGAUUAGGUUACGAUUCGACCACUGAUGAUUACAAGGUCGUGAUGCUUUCUUACUAUGGUGGUGGUGGUGUUGAUGACGAAUCUGGAGCUACUACUGAAACCAACACCAUUGUAAGUGUGUAUUCAUUAAAAUCUGAUUCUUGGAGGAAAAUUCAAGGUUCCUCUUAUCUUCAUUGUGCUGCUGAUCCACCUGGGGUUUAUCUAAAUGGGUGUGUUCAUUGGUUUGCUCAAAGGGGUUCCGAUUAUUUUCCUGUCAUUGUUGCUUUUGAUUUGGGGAAUGAAACUUUCCGGGAAUUUUUGCCACCGCCUUUCGUUAAUAAUGCUGUGUUUUUGGAUGAAUAUAAUAAUGUUGUGUCGCCGUGGUUUUAUCCAGCAGUUCUUGGAGGGUAUCUUUGUUUACAGGCUUUCACUGAUGUUUGGGUGAUGAAGGAGUACGGGAAAAAGGAGUCUUGGACUAAAUUUACUAUUGGUAAGCCUGAUGACAUCUCUAGGAUUGAAUUGAUGGAUUUAUUAGAAGAUGGUGAAUUUUUGUUUUCAAGGGAUGAAGAGCAAUUGGUUGUAUACAAUUCGAAAGAUGAAACAUCGAGGGAUAUGGUGGUUUGUGGCAUUCCAGGUAUCUUUACAUCUGGGGGCACCUAUGUAGAGAGCCUAAUCUCUCCUGAACGAAUCCACGGGAUUGGGAGAGAAUGUGAAGCGUGGGAAAGAAUGAAAAGGUACAGUGAUAUGGCAUCAUCAAGCAAUGGAAGCAACAUACUGAAAUAUAGAAACAAAACAUGUCUUUGUGGUCAAAAGGCGGCUAUCGAGGUGACACAAUCUGAAAGAAACAAAAACAAAGGAAAGUUGUAUUAUGCUUGUGCAGAAAGAAAAUGCAAAUUCUGGGAUUGGUGCAAACCUGUUAACUCAACUAAUGAAAGUAUUGAUAUUGUUCAAAGGCCACUACCUCGAGGCAAUUUCAAGGAUGUGCAUACAAGACUGCAAGUACUUGAAAGCAACCAAGGAUAUAUAAAGCCACUGAUAAUAAUCAUAAGUUUAGUCAUAAGUUUGUUUGCCUUGUUUGUUGCCAUUAUGAACGAACCUACUUAUCAUAUGUGAAACUUGUUCUAUGGGUUAUGUAAUGCAAAGAUAUCCUCGUAUGACAAACUUGUGCUAGUUUUUGUGUAAUGAAAUAUGUAAACCCAGUUCUAUUUAAGUGUAAGACAACAAGUUUGUACUAAUUUUUCCUUGGAAUGAAAGCAUGGGAAAUCCCAAUAUAUGCGUCCCAA